AUGUUUUUGAGUCUGUAUAUCAUAAGUUCUCUCCCUAUGAGUGCUCUCUCCCAGAUGAAGGGGUUGUUUGGCUACAAAGGCAGCCUCGAUAACCCAUGGGGUACCAAUCUAAUAUGGUCUGCUUGUGUUAUUGAUGAUAGCAGGGCUGAGGCUACACUUAUGGCAGCUGAGAUUGAUAGAGUGCCAGUGCCUGGUAUUGAUUGGGUGCCAGCACCUGGUAUUAUUGGACAGGUACUGGCACCUGAAAUUGCUGGUGUACCGGUGCUAUGUGCUAGCGAUACUGUUGGGGGAGGGCCAUCUGAUAUUCUGUAG